AUGAGUGGAUUAAAGAACUUGCUAUUUAGCAAAAAGACUAGAAAGAUAUUACUUGGGUCUGCUAUAGCUACAGGUUGUAUCUAUCAAUAUAAUAGUAGUAGUAGUGUUGGUUCCAUCAAUCAGAUUAAUAAUAAUAGUAAUAAUAAUAAUAAUAAUAAUGAAACAAAUCAAAAGAAAGAAAAGAUGGGAAUAUUGGGAAACAUAUUAUUCAACAUUAGAAAUACCAAAGCAAAUAAUGUAUUACUUUGUGAAGUAAAGUCUCAACCUGAUUUGAUGAACCCUUCAUCGUCAGAGGAGGAGGAAAGAGAACAAACACCUCUUUGGAAACAAGAUAGUUAUGUACCCGGUGCAUCGACAACACUCAAUGCAGAGGAACAGAGGGAUAUAGCAUCGAGAGAGGUGGUCUCUUGGAUGUCACAACAAUUGAUCCCAGGUGUAAGUGUGUGUGCCAUGGUGCGGGGAGAUACGGUCUUUAAGGCUGGGUUUGGAUAUGCUGAUGUCGAGAAUGCUAUUCCCGUGACACCAGACACCAAGAUGAGGAUUGCUAGCAUCUCCAAGGCGUUGACGUCGGCAGCUGUCGGGUUGCUGAUCGAAGACGGCAAGUUGGACGUCGACGCGACGGUGCAGACGUACGUGCCCGAGUUUCCAAUCAAUCCUGCGUAUCCAGAGACCGCACCUACUGUGCGACAGGUCGCGUCGCAUAUUGGCGGUAUUCGUCACUACCGUCGCGGUGCGACAACCGAGAUAUUCAGUGUACAACAAUACGUGUCGGACGCGGUACGGGAUAACCCGGACAAGCUGCCACCUCCACUCGCCAUCUUUGUGUCUGAUCCGUGGAUUGAUGCCGACAAGAGUGCACCUGGACAAACGUACAAUUAUAGUACAUUUGGAUACACACUGAUCGGCACGAUCAUAGAGCGUGCUGCCAAGACUGACUUUAUCAGUUUUAUGAAGAACCGUGUCUUUCAACGAUGUGGAAUGUACGACACGUACGCCGACCAACACAACACGAUCAUUUCAAACAGGUCACGUCAAUACGCACUGACCGGUGGCAAAAACACAAACAACCGAUACUCUUCCACUGGUGUCUCUGUCAACCCUCAAUUGGUCAAUGCAGAGUUGGCCAACAAUUCAUACAAGUAUGCAGGUGGUGGUAUCCUCUCUACAUCUCAAGAUAUAUGUCGAUUCGGUACCUACAUUAUAAGUGGACAACUUUUAAAACGUAGCACACUCGAUAUUAUCUUUCACACACAACAAACAAAUAACGGUAAACCAACAGACUAUGCAAUUGGAUGGUCUGUUAAACCCAACCAUCAAAUUAAAAAUAGACAGAUUGUAGGUGAUAUCAAUCCAAUUGACAAUACUUCUACUCGUCGAGUAACAGAUACAUUGGACAACAAAAUAAUCUAUCAUACUGGGGCAGCAGUAGGAGGAUCAUCAAUCAUUGUAGUCGUUCCAAAAUAUGGAGUAGUUGUAUGUGUAUUGGCCAAUUUAGAAGGUGUUAAAGGUAUUAUAGAAUUUGGAACUAAAUUGGCAAAUAUCUUUGUUCCAAAAGGUGAUCAACAACAACAACAAAAGAUUACAGAAAUUUAA